AUGAGGGUCCUGCGGCUUUCUCAGGCGCUGGUUCGCUCCUUCAGCUCCACCGCGCGGAACCGGUUGGAGAACAGAGUAGCAGAGAAACAGAAGCUCUUCCAGGCAGACAAUGACCUCCCAGUGCAUCUGAAGGGAGGAGCAACUGACAGCCUCCUGUACCGACUGACCAUGGGGCUCUGUCUCGGGGGCACCAUCUACAGCCUGUACUUCCUAGGCUGGGCCUCCUUCCCCCACAAGAAAUGA